AUGAGGUUCGGCAGAAAUCUGCAUCGUUGGCAAGUCCCGUCAUGGGCGGAUUCCUAUGUCAACUACUCUUAUCUGAAAGGCCUUGUUAAAAAGAAGCCAACCGUGACAAUUCUUAACAGAGCCAUUGAGCUUGAGAUCAACGCAGCGGAUGAUUUUCUCUCUAGACAAAACAACCUCAUUGAGCUUCAGAUAGAGACUCUGAACAAGAAUUGGGGGAUCGAGAUUGGCUGUGCACAAUCGCCAUACUACCACGAUGUAUCUAAACACGAGUUGCGAGCCCUGACAUCGUUACUGCAAGAUUUUGCUCAUGAUGUUGCACAAUAUCACCUCUUCGCCAAAGCUAACCAUGAUGCAAUCUCUCGCAUUUUGAACAAGGCCGUCGCUAUUUAUGGUUUUGAAAAGCCCUGCAAUGUAGCCUUGCUCUCAAGACUCGAUGAUUGGUGUCACUCACUCAUCUCGUGCCUUGUUCAGCUCAAUAACACAUUGCGAGCAGUGGGGAGUGCUACAAAACGGGAAGAGCUGGCUGUAACACCACGCUCAUUGCUUCUUGAGCGAUAUGGGCAGAACCGCUUCCCACCAGAGACUAUUCGGUGCCUAGCAGAGGACAAUGAUAUACUCCUUGAUGCAUCUCUGAAACGUCAAUAUCCAAGCAUUUCGACUGAUCGAUCCUUGGCUCUCUCCCAACUAGCCCAAAUCGCUACUAUUCAUCAAUCUAUCAGGUGUCAGGGCGUUUUUUUAGCCAGUCCCAAAUUUGAUCCAGACCAGGACAUAGUCGUGUACAAGGAUUUGUUGCAUCAGAUCAUACAGUCACUCGCCCGAUUUCAACGAUACAGGGACGAUUCUUCCGCCACCAAGGCCUUUGCUAGGGUCCUUGAGCUUCUUGGCCCAGGCCAUAGAUUCCUGCUUUGCACGAAGGAUAGGCUAGGCCGGUUACCGCUUCAUGAUGCAGCUCGACUGGGUCUUGAUGGGGUUUGCAGAGAGAUGAUAGCUGCCAUACGAGCUCAACCCUCGGAAACUUGGAAGCAAAAACUCUAUGUCUUACCGGAUGUCUUUGGCUUAACACCACUCGACUAUGCAGUUCAGCUUGGCCACACGACUGUGGUUGAACUUUUGUUUACAGAGCUCAGUUUCAAACACCUUUCAAAUGAGCAACGCGUCGAUAUUUCAGGGACUCUCGCCACUGCAGUCCGUUCCGGGUUCAUUGAUAUUUCUAGAAGGCUCAUCCAUGAAGCUUGGGGGUUUCGAUUCGUCAGCCGUUUUGGGCAAACCGUUUUGCAUCUCGCCGCCGAACGCGGCUUGUCAGUUUUGGUCGAGAGCCUCGUUGCACUGGGAGUUGAUGUAAAUGCUCGGGGCGAUGCUAGAGGGUGGACCCCGAUUUCUACUGCAUGUGUGCAAGGGCACACUGAGACGGUUGAGGUGCUUCUUCAAGCCGGCGCUGAAGCUAACAUUGAGGAUCAGCGUGGAUGGUUUGCACAGGAUCAUGCAGCAUACAGGGGCCACAUGCAAGUUCUGAAGGCCUUCUCGAUACGCGGUUCCAGUUUCCUGAGUGACAAGUACGGGGCUUAUCACAGUAAACUAAACGUUCUGCCCCAGCGCUCCCCUACGGAUUCAAUCAUCUUCAUGUACUUGGGGACCCUGAAUUUGUUCAAGAGGGCAGCAGGGGUCGACAUCACGCAGUACCGAAGAUCCAUAUCACCAGUUCUAAUACCCGACACAUGUCUCGAUCUCAGCAUUUCACUGAGCGGAGUGCCUGAUCAGGGGCAUACUAUCUCCUUUCCAGUCAUCCCAGAAGCCUCGGACCAACCUUGGUGUUUCACUGUCAGCGAUCCAGAUAAUGCGACUAUUAUGUUCAAAGUCACAAGUCCACUAGAGGAUAAGCCUAUUGGGAUUGCCGUUGCACUUCUCAACGCUCUCAAACAGGGUCUCGGAGCCAAUCGGGAAAGCUUGGUGCGAGACUUUACUCUUCCUCUUAUCAGUGACAACCACGACUAUGUGCGAACAGUUGUUUUCACGUUCGUUGUGGCCCGGCCUCUCUCCUUACAGAAGCAAGCACCAACGGAAGCUCAGGUUCUAGAGUUGGGGAAGGGUUCAUCCCUUGGUGGUCAUCGCGGUACAGAUCUCUGUGUCAUGUCAUCCAGGAGUCAUGUUGAUCUCGUCGAACAGUCAUUUCAAACUGCGGUCGAACAUGGGGCCGAUGUUGUCGAGUUUGGCUGCAAUCCGCCCAUGCAUACAUUGACCUUGGAGCAGUUCAUGGAUGUUAACAAUGCCCUAUCUACGAUCCAAUGUCUCAAUGAUAUCCUCGAAAGACUACCUUGGGAACAGAGCGAUCGCCCUCGUGCCGCCACCAACUUGCGGCGCAACUCACUCGGCGCACUGCGAGACAUGGCAACGAAAGCGCUCAUCAGCCAGAUGGAACACACGCUGGAUUAUCCCCGUUUCAAAUCAUAUCUGAGGGGCCAUAGUAUUCAUGAACCUUUUAUAACUCUCGAAAUGCUCCUCUGUAACCUGUCGGAGGAUGUUCCGCUCGACAUCGAAUUGAAGUAUCCCAUGCUUUAUGAAGCAGAAGACUUCCAGAUGGAUGCCUUUGCAUUCGAUAUCAACCAUUUCCUCGACAAGAUACUCUACGUGAUAUAUUCGUUUGCGGGGCCAUGGCGUCGUAUCAUCUUCUCAUCCUUCAGUCCUGAGAUUUGUAUAGUGCUUGUGGCGAAACAACAGCCGUAUCCGGUCCUCUUUCUCAACGACGCAUCAAACUGUAUGACCGGGGAUAUGAGAGCAACGAGUCUGCAGACAGCAGUACGCUUUGCCUACAGGUUUGGCUUGGCUGGAGUGGCUAUGGCAUCUGAGCCGUUUAUUGCAAGUCCUGGAUUAGCUGGGUUUGUCAGACGACAAGGCCUCUAUACCGCCACGUAUGGCCCACUGAAUGAUGAUGCCGAGGGAUUGGAGCUCCAGGCUAAAGCUGGUAUCGACUUGAUCGUUGUCAACAAAGUCAAGCACGCGAGACAAGUGUUGAGCCACGUGCAAGGUCUCCGCAUGCAACCAGAGUCCUCUUAG